AUGGCAUGUAUAAGCAGCAGCAUUUAUAGUAAUUGGUUUGUAGACUCUAAUUUGAAGCUAGGCAAAAGUUAUCAGGAACUGGUCACUUUGAACAUGGGAGGGAACAUAUUCACAACAAGGCUUUGGACCAUAAAGCAUUUUCCUGCCUUGUUGGCACAAAUGUUAGAUGGCAGAUGGAGAAUUCAAGAUGGUGACCAGAUUUUUGUGGACAGAGAUGGUGUUUUAUUUAGUUUCAUCUGUUUUUUGAGAACUAACCAACUGUUGUUACCCAACCUCUCAGAUUAUUUUAGGCUUCAGAGAGAUGCUCUUUUCCAUGCUCUAUUUGAAUUCUUAAACCAGCACCUGCUGCAGCUGAGACUUGUCUUGAAGGUGCAUUUCCCAAGCCAAAACACUCAACUCUUUGCAGUGUUUGACUCUUGCAGCAAAAUAAUUGAGAUGCUAACUGGGAGGAUUACAGUGUUUACUGAGCAACCUGCAGUAUCUACUUGCAGCAGUGUCCCAUCUCAGAUGAUCUUAUUCCUGUUGCCUCCAUAAAGACUUUCUUACCAUGACCUGGUUUUCUGUUGUGGCUCUGACAGCACUGCUGAAAAACAGACCGGGUAUGUUUCUAUAAAACCUGAUACCAAAUUGGCCAACAGAACAAAUGUCCUUGGCUUAGUGAUUGACAGUUUGUUAAAAGAAGGUUUUCAUCUGGUUAAUACUAGAACAAUAUCCUCUGAAGACAAAAAUGAAUGCUACAGCUUUGCAAGCAUAAAAAGCUUUGAAGCCCUCACCAUGAAUAAAACAGGAAUCCCAGAGACUAUCAUGACGCCAGAGCAACCUGAGAAAAGGAAAUGAAGUCAUUUCUCUUAAAGGGAAUCUGCCAUUUUCUUGUUUGAAAAUCCUGUAUUUGGAGCAUAUAUGUUAGUCAAAUCUGUACUCAACUUUUUGUCCUCAUACUCUAUCAUGCCAUCUCUGGGCAACUCGGCCCCAGUAGUACUUAAGCCACAUCGAACUGCCUCCUGCUUUCUAAAAAUCACUAUACUUAGUGCUUUGGCAUAUGUUCCUUAACAUCCAGUGCCUCUUUCCCUUUCAGAAAUGGGCUGUAGAGUCAGAAUGCUUAUUUCUAAUUUCUGCUCAUUUAUUAGUUAUGUGAUUUAGAUAAGUCAUUGAAAAUCUUUGUGUUUCAACAUAUUCACCUAUUAGGGAUAAUAGAGAUAUCUCUCUCAUAGGAUAUGUAGGGAUUAAGGGAUUCAAGUGUUCAUGUUGGUGGCACAUGAUAGGCAUUCACUAACUGUUAGUGAUGAGGAUGAUGAUGAAAAUGGACAACCAUUUUCAACUGCAUCUCUUAAGUGAG